GAGCAGCUGCUGAUGCUGUUGGAUAGCAGAGCACCGCAAGCUAACACAGAUCCAAUAGCAGAUAGCUGAUACUAACACAGAAGGGCUGAGUGGCUGUCUGGGAGAGUUCUCAACCUUUGUGAAGUCUCUUAGAGGUGCUGUCACAAGGUUUUUGGAUGAAGUGCUGUCCAACGAGAAGUCUUUAAGGGUGUUUAUUUUUCAUUGCUUUUUUUUUUCUUCAUUUAUUUUUAUGGGGGGGGAGAUGAGAAUAAUGGAUCUUAUAAGUAAAAGACUGACGGAAUAAUUUUCGCAGGAAAAAGAAAUAAAUAUAAAAAACAAAUAAAUCCAUUGAAUGAUCUCGCUACCAGGAGGUGGGCAUCCCUCCCUUUCCCCCCCUGGAAGCAGCAUCACAGUGCGGGUCUCUGAUUAGGAGAGUGACAGGCUGCUAGUAGAUUUGUCACUGUGUGCUGGAUUUAAUGCUGAGACAUGCGAGACAAUAGCUCUGGCAACGGUGAAGCGAAAGACUAUGGAAAAGUCGAGUAGUGAGGACUCUUCUAUACACCGAAGUCCAUCUGUGGACAGCAGAGACUCAGCCAAACCUUCUACCUCAAGCAGGGAAUUUGGUAGAGGAUUCACAGCUGGUGCUUUCUAUGGCAACGCUGGAUCCCGCACCCAGAGCCACGCUGGUGUAAAGAGGGACAAGUACACUGCACCCAAAGGUGGAAAAUAUGUGGUCUUUUACCUGGAUCUAUCAUUUGUCUUUCUUCUAGAAUUUAAGAAGUGCAACAUGGCAAGAGGCUGUCUCUGUUGUUUGAAAUACAUGAUGUUCCUCUUUAACUUAAUAUUUUGGCUCUGCGGCUGCGGAUUGUUAGGAGUUGGUAUCUGGCUAUCCGUAUCACAAGGAAAUUUUGCAACAUUUUCUCCCAGUUUCCCAUCCCUUUCUGCAGCAAAUCUGGUCAUUGCCAUUGGUACGAUUGUCAUGGUGACUGGCUUCCUCGGUUGUCUAGGUGCUAUAAAGGAAAACAAGUGCCUGCUUUUAAGUUUUUUCAUCAUUUUACUGAUCAUUCUUUUGGCUGAACUGAUACUCCUUAUCCUGUUUUUUGUCUAUAUGGACAGGGUCAACGAGAAUGCAAAGCAGGAUUUGAAAGACGGUUUAUUGCUUUACAAUACAGAAAAUAAUGUUGGACUGAAGAACGCUUGGAACAUUAUUCAGGCAGAAAUGCACUGCUGUGGGGUGACAGAUUACACUGAUUGGUAUCCAGUGCUAGGAGAAAACACGGUUCCCGAUCGAUGCUGUAUGGAAAAUUCCCAGGACUGUGGCCACAAUUCCACUGGCUUAGUAUGGAGAACAGGAUGUUAUGAGAAAGUGAAAAUGUGGUUUGAUGACAAUAAGCAUGUUCUUGGUACGAUUGGGAUGUGUAUACUCAUAAUGCAGAUACUGGGAAUGGCCUUCUCCAUGACUCUCUUUCAGCAGAUACACAGGACUGGUAAAAAAUAUGAUGCCUAGAGCUUUUCAACGGGGCAUUUGCAUCAUCAUGUUUGGCCACAAAGAGCGUCAAGAACCAAGGACUCCAAACAAUCGUUACAAGAACUCCGUCCGACUUUCACUCCAAUUCUAUACGUCGCAUCUGAAUCUUGUUACCUGACUUAUCUUUUUGCAAAACUGCAUCUACUAUUAAUUUGCCAAAGAAGAAAGGAAAUCCACAGACCUAAGUUCCUUCCUCGGCCUGCUCUAACACUCUUCUUAAGCAUCUCUAAAGAAAGAGCUUUGCAUACUAAUAUACUUAAGACUCUUACCAAUACAUGACGGAUAUGCUUAUGCUUCUGGAACAUUUUGAAAAAAAAAAAAAAAAGAUUAAAAAAAAAAAGGUCAAGAAUACAAAAUGAAAGACUUACUAAAGCCAUUGAGAACCAGCCCACAGCUGCAAAACCAGUGAUAAUGGGCCAGUUUGCAUGGAAUUGACUGCAACUUUUUUGUACCUUAUCGGAAAUGUUUUUGUUACUGACUAUGGUUAAGACUAGCGUUUUCAUUUAUGUGUUUAAAAACUUUUACCUUUUUUGUUUCUUCUUUUUUGGUUUAUUCUACACAGAUUUUCUUUUAAUCAUUGCGUCUAAAUUCUGUGUGAUCUUUAAAAGGAAUGCGCCUGCAGUAAGUAGGUUUUAAUGGGCAUCAUUGGUGAUAUUCAGAGAUGACACAUAAUGGUUGAUAAACUGUUUUAUUGUAUAUGGUAGCCAAGUCAUCUUCAGCUAGCCAACUAUUCGGUUUACAUAUAUGUCAAGAUUAUUUUUUCACAAUAUAAUGGUAUAAUGACAAUAUUGAUUUAUUCUCAGAAAUACAUUGGAUUCAGGUUUUACCAUUUUUUCCCCUCAUUUUAAAGCAACAAUCCAUUUUUAUUAUUGCUCUUUUCAUUUUAGAGUAUAAUUUUUUUUACAUAUUUAUAUUCCCAUUAGAGGCAUUAGUGUUACAGUGGACACCGUUUGUCAUAAUAAGUAUUAUGUGCUUGAGAUAACAAUGUAAGUUAAAAUUCCAGAAGGACUUACGAAGCAGGUCUUGCUUUUAUGAAACCAGUUAAUACAUACCUGGACAGAUAACUAUCUCUGAUGAUUGCAAUGUUGAAAAUACAUUUCUGUUAGUAGCAAUCCCUGAUGUACGGAGCUAUUGUACCAUAUGAAGACAUGAUAUGUUUUGACACUCGUCUGAGGAAGUUUAUAUUGAAGAGCUAUGUGUAAGGAACAUAAAGGGCACCUGUCAAGUAUGCAUGGUAGACAGCCAUUUUGUAGACUGAAUCAGUGCUUAUACUGUAAUAAUACUGCCUAUCCAGUGAUGUAACUGAGGCGGCCAUUUUGUGGGCUAAACCACUAAUCACUCUGCAGGCACUCUGAGGCACCCAGUGUAAAACAGCUUUUAUGGAUUGUUGCUUUUUCCUGUUACCAGAUAAAUAGACAAACAGUAUCUUUGCACAUACUAUUUUCCAUUGUUAUAUCACAUUUACUAAACCAUGUACAAUUUUUCAAAGGACAUUCCUGCUAAACACUCCAGCACAUACCUCUAGUUUUGAAUGCUGCUUUUCACAAUGCCCAAGGUUUGGUCUCUGGUGUGGGCAUUACUUACAUUUUGCUGCUUUACAAAAUCACAAUGAAUGAGCAGAAAUAGGCCAUUUGUAGUGACAUCCUACUUGUGCAGUAGUGAUAACAUUGUUUGCAUGAGAAAGAGCCCAUCGAAAUGGAAUGAGCCAUAUCCUGAUGUGAGAGCCUGGAAUAGAAUGAUGAUAACAUAUGUUUUUAUAUGGAAUAUAAUGUAAUGUGCUCAAAAUCGUGUGAUCUCAGCUGUGAGAUAACUGCUGUAUAACAAGGAAUUUGCUGUCACAUGGCUUCUGUAAACAGAUCCAAACAAGUGAAUCAAGAUAUGACUGGAUUUCAUUGGUAAAUGCUUGGCAAAUUAAUAUGAGCAGCCACAUGUAUCGCGUAAGUUGUACUAUCAAUUCAUGGUUAUAUAUAUAUAUAUAUGUUUAUAUAUGUAUGUAUGUAUAUGUGUGUGUGUUUUUAUAUAUAUAUAUAUAUAUAUAUAUAUAUAUAUAUAUGCUUACUUUUGAGACCUCACUGCCAUGAGAUCCCAGAGAGGAAGUCUGAGUGGCAAGUGAAGGACACGUAGUGACAUCACUUUCUCCACCCACAGUCCGCUAUGCCAUAAUUUGCAGCCUCACAUAAUAAGGGGUUGGAGCUGUAAUGAAGUGGGUGGAAUCAUGUAGUGGGGGUGCCCUGCUCUCUCAGGAUUUUGGGGGACCACCCUUACAUUAGAGAUUGCCCCGGGCAUUAAGGCAGAGUAGGCAAGUAUGAAAUAUAUAAAUUAUAAAAUGUGGUUAAUAUGGUACAAGGUAUAAUAGCUGCCAAUGAAUGUCAUCUGUAAAUUCCUACCCAAGCAAUUACCAUUGGUUAAAACCAGAGGUUCUCAAAUGCAGUUUUAGGUAUAUCCAUGGCUCAGCACAGAUGGUUAAAUCAAAUUGAAUGAGUUUCUAAUUAAGUCACUUUUGGGCAAGCAUGGAUAUACUUAAAACCUGGACUGUUGGGGUGCCUUGAGGACCGUGUUUAAGAACCACUGGGUUAAACCCUUACUAGCCAAUUAAAUACGAUAACUAAAUUAAUGACUGAACAACUAAUCUUGAUAUGAAUUAUAGAACAGCAAUGAAAAUUGUAUGGUGAUUCUAUAUGGUUAAUUGUGACUUAUUAAAGUGACAGGACAGUGAAUUUUGAAAACCUACUUGGAUGUCCUGCAAUUGACCAUGAAGUACUGUAUAACUAACUGCAUUAGGAAAUACUUGGCUUAUUUAUUUGCCAGCUCAUGGUUUCCUUUCAUUUAAGUGGGAGGUAAAGGGGCAUCUUCUCUCACGGUAUGAAUUAUUCUAGCAUUCCUUUUGUAACCCAGAAUAUUGACUGAAAAAAGGCAAACAUGAUUCAUCACUUUCAUGCAUGACUUUACUUUACAGCGGGCAAAAUACUGGAGUUGACACAAGCACUUCCCUUUAACACUAAUACCAUUGGCUGUUUCAACAGUUCCACCUACUUAAGGGUUAGCUGCCGUCAGUUUGACAGCCAGGCUUGCAAAGGUGCCAAAAACUGAUAUCCCACCUCGAUAGCAGCCGUGCUUAUGGUGAUGACAAGUUUAUGCCUUUUGAGUGAUAUAUGCUGAGGUUCUAAAGCUGAUCUACACAGUAAAAUAACUUGCUUAAAACUAAGAGAAAACAGCAAUCAGAUAAGUUCUGCUUGCCGAGAACCGAAAUGUAUUUUUUUUUUAUUUUGACUAUUUACUUUCUUUGAUGGCCAAGGUAGUAAGAAAUGCCUAUAAGAAAGAAACACCAGUUUACUUUAAGAAAUAAAAUUGGGACCAUGUGUAAAUUCAGAUUUUCAUUUGCUAAAUGGAAACGCUGAUGGAAGCAUAUCUGCUGCUAGGAAGAGGUCAAUGAGUAGAUUCCUUAACCGUUGCCCACUAAGAGUCUUCUAUAUUCAGAUAUGGCAAAUGUUAUGUCACCAGGGUGUACCUCUCCCUUUUGCAGAAAAUCUGCCGCUAGAGCAGGCAAGCUGGAGGCAGCCACUCUGAGCUGAGCUAUUGAUGAGCACACAACCGUAUUCCAUCCAAUAGAAACUACCGACACCAUGAUUCAUCAAAUUUAUUAUCUGUGUGUUCUGGAGAAUGGGUUCAGUCCACUAAUUGGUUUCUUCCGCUGUGCUCAAGCGGUAUCUUAUGCGGUAACUUUAGUUUAGCAAGUAAAUAUGUCCGAUUAAUCCGGUGAAGUCAUUGAAAUGGUGGCAAAUUAUAUUUCUUUUUUUCAGUAUGAUACAAUAACUUUUGCUAACUAAAUUAUCCAGCAAAAUCAAGCAAGAUAUUCUGUUUCAAGUUGAACUUCUGUGUUCUAACGGGGAGAUUCAGUGCUAAGCGAUGACUGCAGGAACAGCUUGGCGGAGGUGUUUUGUCCCCAGUAACAUUGGGGCAGAUGUAUUAAGCCUGGAGAAGUGAUAAAGC